GGCACGGCUGACUGUAUUUGAGAGCAGACUGAGGGUGGAGAGUGGAAAAAUCGAACCUGCUCCUUACUGUCCCAAAAUACAUCUUAAAACUUGCCCGCUCUGAGACCAGGCGAGGGAGGUCGCCAGCUGCUUCUCAGCAGCCAGCAGAGAGGAAGUCAAUCAAAGGUUCUGCCAGAUCUGUCCUCCUGCGCUGCCUGCCUCCCCUCUGCCUGCCUCCCCUCCUGCGAGAGAAGUACGUGCUCAUCACAUGGUCCCCCAGGCCGGAGUGUGCCGGAGGCCCAGCUGCAGCUCCCUGCAGGGCCAGCCGCUGAUGCAAUCCGCAGUCCAGCGCUCCCAGCUCUCCAUCUUCCGCGCUCCGCGACCCUGAGCGCCACGUGUCGCCGCACGCCAGCUGGAGGAGACUCAGACCUGCGUCCAGGAGCUGGAGCCACGACCCCGCCACGAGCAAUGAAGGAUUGCAGUAAUGGAUGCUCAGCGCCCUGUGCUGGAGACAGAGGAUCAGAAGUGGCUGAGACUUUUAGGGCCAAAGACCUCAUCAUCACACCAGCCACUGUCUUAAAGGAAAAGCCAGACCCCGACACCCUGGUGUUUGGAGCAUCCUUCACUGAUCACAUGCUGACUGUGGAGUGGUCCUCCGCAUCCGGAUGGGAGAAACCUCACAUCAAGCCCUUUGAGAACUUGUCUAUACAUCCCGCAGCCUCAGUUUUGCACUAUGCCGUGGAACUGUUUGAAGGCUUGAAGGCUUUUCGAGGAGUUGAUAAUAAGAUCCGAUUGUUUCGGCCUGACCUCAACAUGAGCAGGAUGUGCCGGUCUGCUGUGAGGACCACUCUGCCGAUGUUUGACCAGGAGGAGCUUCUAGAAUGCAUUCGGCAGCUUAUACAGAUAGACCAAGAGUGGGUUCCCUACUCCACCUCUGCCAGUCUGUACAUCCGCCCCACGUUUAUUGGAACUGAGCCAUCCCUUGGAGUCAAGAAGCCUUCCAAAGCCCUGCUGUUUGUGGUCCUGAGCCCCGUGGGGCCUUACUUUUCCAGUGGAACCUUUAAGCCAGUGUCACUGUGGGCCAAUCCGAAAUAUGUCAGAGCCUGGGAAGGUGGGACCGGGGACUGCAAGAUGGGUGGCAAUUACGGCGCGUCCCUUUUGGCACAGUGCGAGGCGGUGGAGAACGGCUGUCAGCAGGUCCUCUGGCUGUACGGCAAGGACGACCAGAUCACUGAAGUGGGCACGAUGAAUCUGUUCCUCUACUGGACGAACGAAGACGGAGAGGAAGAGCUGGCGACGCCUCCGCUAGAUGGCAUCAUUCUCCCGGGAGUGACGAGGCAAAGCAUCCUAGAGCUGGCGCGACAGUGGGGUGAGUUUAAGGUGUGUGAGAGGUACCUCACCAUGGAUGACCUGACCACUGCCCUCAAGGAGAACAGAGUGAAGGAGAUGUUUGGCUCAGGGACGGCCUGCGUUGUCUGCCCGGUUUCAGAUAUUCUGUACAAGGGCCAGAUGCUGCACAUCCCGACAAUGGAGAACGGCCCCAAGCUUGCAAGCCGCAUCUUGGGGAAGUUGACUGAUAUCCAGUAUGGAAGGGAGGAGAGCGACUGGACAGUUUUGCUAUCCUGAUGGAGAAACUCAGUGUGUUGACGGUGUGCCUGCCACAGAAGACAGACCUCUGCUCCGAACCGUGACCGCCUGUUAGUAGUUUUGCAUAUUGUAGUUGCAGUGUUCAUGUGUUACCAAGAUUUUUCCUUGAGCCACAGAAGAUUGCCAACGCCAAACGUCACCUGCACCGUGUAGUGAUUGCCAACGCCAAAUGGCACCUGGAAACGUGGUAGCGAUUGCUUACUGUAGCUUUCUCUGCUGUAGUUUUCUCUGGAAAAGGUAAUGAUGAAUGCCUCCCCUUGUCCUGCACAGGAUCCAAAUGUCAUAGAAGGUAGGGUUCCCAGCCAAUGAGACUUCUGUGUAUGUGGAAGAAGGAUCUGAGGACAUUCCAUAGGUGGCGUCCCUGUGGCUCAGGGCAUCCUCAGGAACAUUCAGCAGGGCUUUUUGUUAUUGUUGCUGGUGAGGAUUCUGGGUUUUUUUUUUGUUUUGUUUUUUUGUUUUUUUGGUGGGGGGAGUUGGACUCCCUAGGUAGCCCUGGCUGGCAUGGUAUCUCCCAAUGUCUGCCCAGGCUCCUGGCUCAACCUUCUGAUUUCUGGGGUGUCAGGUAUGCACUGUCAUGCCUUGAUUUGUUUCUGUCUUUUAAUCAAAAAUUUGGUCACCUGGAUUUCUUUCCUCCAUGUAUUUGCAGGUCCUUAAGUCCAAGCUAAGGGGUCUCUAUCCCUUCUUGGUAUCAUGGUGUGGCCCAGUCUCACCUUGGGUGUCUGUGAGGCUCAAACUCCUUGUUCCCACUGUCUUUUGUACAUAGUAUUAUAACCAGCUGCUCAUUGUGCUGCUAUGAGACUAGGGGUCCUAUGCCUUCUAGAUCUUUGUAGUCUCAAGGCCCAGCACAUAGUAGGUAUCCAGUACGUGUUUACCAUAAAAUGAACAUAGAAGUAUCACCAUGAACUUUCUGUGUCACCAUGCUGAAAUGCUUUUGGAAGUUGUGCCUGACUCCAGCAGCAUGUAAGCAGUAUUACCUCAAGCUGUCUUUCUUGUCCAUGGAUUCCUACAUCACUGGAAGGAUCAUCUUAUAUUUUAAGAUUAUAUUGGAGCUGAAGUGAUCGCCCUAGACAGAAUUCAUGAUAAAAUACCAACCACAUGGAAAUAACAGCCGCUGCACAUUAAGUGUGGAAUGUAAGAUGGAGGGGUAGGUAGGGAGAUACACUCUGGGUUUUGACCUUCAUCUAUACUUUGUACCAUUCCCUUGGGUGAACAUUAAUGAGCACCUGGCUGGUUAACAGAAUAAUUCCAGACAGUGUUUUCCUUGUUUGGGAGUGGUGAGUGAUUCAUUUCCCAGUUUAUUCAGGAGAAAGUCGGGUCCUGAUAGAAAACACUCAUCCUUGGAAAGUCAGUGCCCAGCCACGGUACCAUGGCUUCUAGGUAACAGUGGCUUUCAUCUUGCUGAUGGAACUUGGGUCUCUUCAGAGUCCUGGGGGAGUACGUCAUCCAUUAGAGACAUUCCUUAAGAUGUUUGACCACACAUAGCAUUUUGGUUCCAUUCUUUUAGGCAGAAACAGUAAGAAAAUUGGGGAAGGAGAACAUGGAAGGAGAUGGUAAAAUAUGUCUUAGGGGGCCUUUCCCUUGGCAGUCACGAGUCUUGGGUGAGGUGCUCUGCUGCUCUCCACCCUCUCCUGUACAUGAGGUAGCAUCCUAAGAGAUGCUUUGACCUCAUCUCUAGUAUGUAUCUAGGAGAGACUUGCAGGUAUAUUAGCUGUCAAGUAGACCAGAGUGGACAGACCAAGUCCUCAGAGGAGGGAGAUGACUUGUCUGCCCCGAGUCCACUUAAGACUUUACAUUUCUAAAGGAGAGUGGCCUGUGUGACCGUUAGAGAGCAUAUGUCAUGACCUCUUACGUAAAGAGUGGCCCGUGUGACCGUCAGAGAGCAUAUGUCAUGACCUCUUACACUAAGAGUGGCCCGUGUGACCAUUAGAGAGCAUAUGUCAUGACCUCUUACGUAAACACCUAUUGAGGUUUUCAUCAGACUCUGUUGAAGGAAGAUUGGAGGUCUGAUACGGAGAGCAGCCUGCCAUUCUUACUGAAGUAACAGGACAGGAGACCAACCUUUGAAAUGACAUAAAAGGAACCUCUGGAAUCCCUUUUUCCUUGUGCACUAUUUGAUUAAUUGCAGGGGCAUAAUGCAGCAAGACAGUCUCAUUGUAACCAGGCAGUUACCCCUUCUUCAAGACUCACUUAUCCCAACAUUUAAUUGAUCAUUUAAGGACAGAGACAGUAUAGCAUUAGGAACAUGCUAGGCUAAUCUGCUGGGCGCAAUCAACAAAUUAGUAUUAUUGCUGAUAUCUGCAUAACCGACUGCAAUUAUCUCCUGUUUAAUUGCAUUGAUCAAAUGAGAUUCAGCCAGUCACAUGUAAGCAGGUAUAAACACAACUGUUAGCUAAGAUGAUGGUUAGCUUAAUUUGCAUUUCUGGGUUUGUCAGCUUUCUGGAGAAAACCAGGAGUUUGAAAGCAGAGAGUCUGAGCCUUGGCUAAUGUGGUUUGCUGAUGGAAAUGUGGUUGUUAGAGUCAGGAUUCUACUAAAGGUGCCUAAGCAGAGGCCACGGGGCCCGAGGAGUGCUUCGAGCCAUCGCAGUGAAGCAGGUGCUACCACGCAAACGGGCAAUUUCUGGCAGCCUGUGUUUGUGAGCACAUGAGGAAGUGGCUGAGGAACACGUUAGGGAGCCGUGGUUUUUCCUGCUGGGAGAAACACUCUGCGGUGGCUCUGGGAGAUGGUUCACUGCUUAAGACAGCUCACUGCUCUUGCGGCCACCCAGGGUUCAGUUCACGGCACCCAUCUGGCAGCUCACAGCUGCCUGAAUUCUACUUCCAGGGGAUCUGAUGCCCUCUUCUGGCCUUCCGGGGUACCUACAUGCAUGUGGUACACAGAAUAGAGUCAGGCCUAUACACGUAGACAAAAUAAUCUGAAAAGAAACAAGUUAUGUGGCGAUGCCAAGAGCCUACCUUGGCCACUCUGAGAUAAAACCCUUACCGUAGCAGUUGUUGCUUGAUAAUAGCAUGUCAGAACUAGAAACCUUCCCUCUGCUGAGCGAUCCUGGGCUGUGGAGACAGCUUUGAGCACAGACUAGGCAAAAGAGUAGACUUUGUGUUCUGCUUUCAGUUUGCUUUAAGGGAAUUAAAAGUACGAAGCUGCCUCUGUAAAUUCUUUUAUUUGCCUUCCUAGUUCUGUGUUCUACAUUAGAGUCCAGUGUCCUUAAUUCAAAAUCAUGUCAUUUAAUUUACUUUGUGACGGAGGCUGGUGGCCUCUCAGAAGACAACAGUUGCUUGUUUCCAUUGGAUGCCGAGCAACUAUUUAGAGCAAUAGGCACUCUUUGGUCACAUCAAGGCCAAGGGCUUCGCCAGUUUUUCAUGCUCUGACCCGAGUAAGGUAUAGGAACCCUUCCUUGCUGAGUGGGUUUCUCAUGAAUAUGCAGAUGCUGUAGUUACAGGCAAUGGGCCCAGGGAGUGGUUUCACGGACCCCUGAUAGCAACUGUCACUUUGUUUUGACAAGGGCAGGAUUUGUUCCACUUUCUACGCUCUCCAUAUCUCUGCCCCUAAGGCAGCAAAGGGUUUCAGAUUUUAUUUUUUUGUAUUAUGUGUGCUACUGGACAGAGGCACACCCACAAUGUACACCUCACACAUCCAGAAACAGGAUAGGAAGCUCUCGAAGAAAAUGAAUAGCAUGUAAACAUUACCUCAUGUGGGGGCUGAUAAUGGGAACCAACUUUUGAUAUAAACGUGAUACUUGACAGAUAACGGGCUGGGGGGGGGGGGGGCUCUGAGCGCAGCUCUCCACUCAGACAUGCUUCGUUUCGUUCUUUGUAAGGAAAUCUUUUCUGCUCCGUUGGGAAGUUAGAGCUGAGGGCUGUGGGUUUCCACCAGGCUCAUGUCACUCACCCCGGGCAUAUGUCAUCGGCACGCUUAUGUCACCUGCAUCCCUCUGAGCAGUGUUGUCAGGUGCACCCAACAGACCAUCCAUGUCUGCAUCCUUGCUCCUCUCAGUAAACUCAAGGUCCUGUCCACCACUCCAACUGCUCCUUGGUGAAUGGCAGCAGAUCUGGAAGUUCUGUACCUUACAGUUAAGAUAAGGCGCCGUGCUGCUAUUCCCUCUGGCUGGUUUCCUGGGGGCCUGGAAGUCAUCCUUAGGGUCAGGAAACAGAAUGGAGAUCGCUCUUCAGUCCCCAUGGCUCUGGUUCCUUUCCCAGGAGUGCAGGGCUUCUUUCAAGUGUCUACAGAUAAAAAGACCUGGGCAGGUAAUGCAAGAGGAUUUCAGCUAGGCCAGCCUGAGCUACAGACUGAGUUCUAGUACAGCCUGGACUACAGGGCGAUACCCUCUUUCUAAUGUAAAUUAAUACGCUCUAGGCACUAAGAAGGCUGAGGCAGAGGCUAUGAGUUCAAUCUUCAUUCCUCCUCAGGAGCAAAGCAAGACCGUCUCAAGAUUAAACUCGCAAGCUGGUUCAUGUCUGCACAGCUAUAGAUCUUUCUCUGCUGAUGUCCAGUAGGGAAUGCUCCCACAGCCUGUCUGGGCAGUCACAACUACACAGGCACAGGGUGUGGCAGAUUUGGUGGCUGAGACAAAUAAGUACAGUGAGCUUUGACAUCAGAGACUAGGGGCGGGAGCAGAGGCAACUGAACAAUAGUGUGCUAGCCAGCUCUCCUGCAUCAGCACCAGGGAAACCACGGCACCGCAGCUUCUCUUUUGGGCAGACAGACAGAAGGAGACACUGUGAACAAGGCUCAGCUUUCAGGGAACAUGGGUAGAUGGCCUUGAGAGGAUUAAAGGGGAUGAAGUGGAGGAUACCGGGUAAAGGAAAUUACCUCAUGCUUUGAAGCACAAUUAAGCACUUGAAAGUGACUCUGUUGCGAACUAGCCAUCUCUUGUGAAGCACUGUGUCUGUGUUAAGGACCCAAAGUGGUUGUAUUCUGCUGGCAACAGAGUCCUCCUUGCUGUUGGCAGGUUCUUCAGAUCUGUGAUUGUGCGCACUUCUCUGCCACCAAUAAAAUAACUGAAAAAGCA